UACGGGCGGGCUUUGUCUUGUGUGUCUGCUGCGCAGGGUUCCUGAGUGUCCUGGCGUGACCUCCCCCCGUCGUCACCUAUGGUGUUGAUGCCGGCAGCGAUGGCUCAGGCAGCUCAAGGCAACGGCAUCGUCCCGUCCAACAAGACCUGGGAGCUCAGCCUCUACGAGCUGCACCGCACGCCCCAGGAGGCGCUGACGGAUGGCACGGAGAUCGCCGUGUCUCCGCGCAGCCUGCACAGCGAGCUCAUGUGCCCCAUCUGCCUGGACAUGCUGAAGAACACGAUGACGACCAAGGAGUGCCUGCACCGCUUCUGCUCCGAGUGCAUUAUCACAGCCCUGCGCAGCGGGAACAAAGAAUGCCCCACGUGCCGCAAGAAGCUGGUGUCGAAGCGCUCGCUGCGGCCCGACCCCAACUUCGACGCUCUCAUCUCGAAGAUCUACCCGAGCCGCGAGGAGUACGAGGCCAUCCAGGAGCGCGUGCUCAACCGCCUGCAGAAGCACCACAACCAGCAUGCUCUCAGCGUCUCCAUCGCCGAGGGGCUCAAGAUGCAGGCGCAGAACCGCGCCCAGCGCGUGCGCAAGCAGCAGGCGGACGCCGAGAACCCUGCGUGCAGUGGCGGCGAGGAGAACGGUGGCGACAGCUCGCACGCCAGCAACGCCUCCACGCACUCCACGCUGCCCGAGGCCGGGCCCAGCCGCAAGCGCUCGCGCGCCGACUCGGACGCCUCGGGCCCGGAGCUCUCGGACGGCCACGUGGCGGCGGCGGCGGUCGGGGGCGGCGGGGACCCUUCGGGGGACCCCGGCGCCAGCGAGAUCGAGCUGGUGUUCAGGCCUCACCCGACGCUCGUGGAGAACCGGGAGCAGUCGCAGACGCGGUUCAUCAAGACGACCGCCAAUGCCACCGUGGACCACCUGUCCAAGUACCUGGCGAUGCGGCUGGCGCUGGAGGAGCAGCAGAGGGUGGGGCCGGCGGGCAAGGCGGCGGGCACGGUGGAGGGCGCCAGCGAGAAGCAGUACACCAUCUAUAUCGCCACCACGGGAGGGCAGUUCACUACCCUGAACGGCUCCCUGUCUCUGGACAAGGUGAACGAGAAAUACUGGAAGGUCAACAAACCCAUGGAGCUCUACUACGCUCCCACCAAGGACCCCAAGUAACAGGACAGGCGCGCAUCCCUCGCGUUCACAAGCUCACGACCUCCUCGCGACCUUUCCAGCAACGACAACGGCAACAUUUCGCUUCGCUCUGGUCGACAGCAGAGCGCUCGCGCGCGGGUGGCGACGGCUGCUAGCAACGCCGCGUCACUUCCACACGUCGCCGCGUCCCCCCCCCCCCCCCCCCCCCCCCCCCGACACGCUCGUCAUCGCGCUCGGCAGUUGCGUCGCACGUUAGCCCCACCCCCUGGCCCUGCUUGGCUCCCCACCCCCGCACCCAGAUUCGGAUGACGUCUUGUGAGGCCGGCGUAGCACGGUUUGAUUCCUGCGGUGGGGGGGGAAGAUGGGGGGAGAUAAUUGGCCCCGUCCGUCGUUCAGCGUCGGGGAGUCGGGAACUCGUUGGCACGGGGGGGGGGGGGGGGGGGGGGGGGCCCCUUACCCCGCUGUGGGCUCGCACCAGGUCAGGGCCAUCGUCAAAUUGGGUUGCGGCAGUUGCGUUUGAUGGGUCGGGUCGGGUCUCUGGAUCGCAAAAGUCCUCUCGCCUGUGCUUCUUCGUGUAUUUUAACUCGACAGGUAAGAGGGGUGCGUGUGCGCUGCGGGGAGCGGUGGCGCAGUGGUUAGCACACCGUGCUGCAAAAGCCGGCGACUCGAGUUCGAUUCCCACUCACGGCCAACAUCGGUGGCGAAUAUCUGAGCCCGACUAUUGGACCUCAGCCAGGGUGGGAUAGGCUGAAGAAACGAGUACCUGGUGUGCUGUGUAAACGUCAGCAACUGGUGGGGCCAAGGUGGUCGAGCACGAUUCUGACCACGCCACCGCAUUAUGCCGCGUCGGCCUUCGUCAGAUGCUCGCUGGCAGCACUUGCCCCAGACUCUUGAAGGCUACACGGGGGGGGGGGGAUCUUUGUCCUCCAGAGAACUUUGCGACUUUCAUUGCCACCGGGACAAGUCUUUUGCGGCGCGUCCCAACUUUCCGGAGCGUCUCGUAUCGGGAGAACACGGUAAUCGUGGAGACAUUCACCCACUCGGGGGUUGUGGGGGUGCUCAUUGUGGACGCUGAUGGGGGGGGGGGGGGGGGGGGGGGGGGGGGAGUACAACGCCGCCUAUCCGACUCGCUAGGGUAGACUGUGAAAGCGAUCGCCUGCUGAACACGAGAGGCCACUUCACGCCCAGCGAAGGCGGUGGAGGUCUCCUGGGUUUUAAAGCCGAGGCCUUGAAAGCUUUCACUCAAUUUUUUUUUGGGGGGGGUUUAAACGCAUCGCCGCGAUCUGGACGAUGGCGAGUUUGGCGAGCGCGAGGAAGACUUCGUCGCUGCGAGCGAGCGGGCGAGCGAGCGGGCGGGCGGGCGCUCCACGCGUCUCUUGUGAAUGACGCCGCGCGUCGAGGCGAAAGCUAAAAAAUACGCACGUGUGUAAUCGGUGACGUUUCGGGCAACGGACCCUCUUCAUGGCACCGCUGUGCUUGUUGAAGAAUGGGUUGAGGCUUUUGUCGUUUGUUUGCUGGUGCACCCACAGCCAAUGCAGUCUCGUACAUUUUGUGAAAUGUCAAAUUUGUGAACAAUGAUAUAAUACGCGCGCACGCACACACACACACACACACGUGUAUAA